CACUUGACAAAUCCAUCAAAUAAAUGAGCAUCACAAGAAAAUGAACACUUCGUGAUGUGAAAGAUAUCAGAAGUCUUAUUCAGUUUUGGAUAUCAUAGAAUGCAAACCCGUUUACUCAGGUGUAUGGAGAAGAUAAUGCACUCUCUCUCAGAAUUAGGAUAUACGGUAUCCUUUACUGUUUUUUCAACCAUCAAUGUUGGGUCUCCUUCACCGCAUAGGCCUUAGCUAAGUGUAGGGCUUAACCUUAGUCACACUCUUGACACAGUAGGGUGGUGGACCUGCACUCUGUUCACGAAGCUGCAGACCAAGAAGAAAUUUGCAAUUAAUUUAUGCAAUGAGAAUUCUCAGUUUGUGCACUGGCAAAGGCCAGUUCAGACUGUCACCAAUAUAUCUUAAAUGCCUACAGAUUUAGACUUGAUAUUAAGAUUUACUUUUCUUGACCAAAGAGGCAUAGCAAUAAAUGGCCGAGCUGGGAAAAAGUAAGUCAGCCACUUCCCUUUUAUAGACGUUGCUUGCUUACUUGCUGGUGAACAAUCCAUGUGGGAUUCGUGAUAUAGUGUUUUCUCUUGUAUUUCUCAUAGAAGAUUCCCACCAUACUUCUUCACUAAGACUUGGUGUGUGACAUAUCCGGCGCAUGUCAUGUUUCGGGUCCACCGGGGUGAUUUGGAACUGCUCAUGUCAGUAUAGUUCUGAUUACUUAGCCUUUUGCCAUUUAUUUCGUUUGAGAAUUAUUGGCGUUGAGGAUUUCUAUCUCAAGCCAGCACGGAUCAGAGAACCCUUCUUGCUGAAUGAAUUUAAGUUGAUUGAUUCGUGUUUUCAAGAAUGUUGAAGGAAGUUGGGGUUUACUGAAGGAUUAAACAUGGCUACAUAAUGACUGCUGCUGCAAUGCUGAAUUUGUCCCACUUUUUCUUAAAUUGACAUGCAUGCUCACACUAAAGGAUCUUGCAAAUUCUAUUGCUGCAAAGUUGCAAGGACCUUUUUCAGAGGGUGCUGUAUUAUAUGGGAAAAAGGAUGGUCGUUUACAUAGGUGCAAAAUCGUGAAAGUUCCUGAAGAGUCAGACAAAACUGAAUACGAGGUUGCCUGGCUUGGAAGUGAUAAUAAAGUAACUGGAAAGGCAUUGGUAAAGGGUGAGGAGUUGACUGGGAAGAAACUUCCUUUUACUAGGGCUGUUCUCAAGUCUUUUAUCAAAGAUUCGACAUAUCGAAGUUUUCCCUGGGUCUUACAUGAUAGUUUGGCAAAGAAGCAUGGAAUUUCAACUGCUCCUCCCAGAGAGCUAAAAAAUAAAAUUUCCAUACAAGAUGGACUCAUUGUUAGUAAUAGGAAGAGGAAGAGAAGCGACGAUGAGAAAAUUACUGGGGAGGCAAAUGAAAAUGGUUUAGUUCAUAGGAAAGGAAAUGAGAUAUCAGAAGCUCAGGCCGUUAAAUAUCCCAUUGAUGAUCUAUUGGUGCAACAGUCUGAGGAAGACCAUUAUUUGACAGAGCGUCCUUCUCCAUGCAGGGAUUUCAAUGUGCCAAUGGAGUGUGUUGGGAAUCUUUUGAUGGUGUGGGAUUUCUGUACUUCUUUUGGCAGGUUACUAAGCUUGUCGCCAUUCUCGCUCAGAGAUUUUGAAAAUGCCAUUUGCCAUAAGGACAGUACUCCAUCUCUCAUUGUGGAAUCUUAUUCAGCUCUUCUUCGCUUGCUAAUGAAAGACAAUGGCAACUUCUCCAUGGCUAUAGAAAAUAAGAAAAGGAAGCCAAAGAUUACAGCCGUCACUUGGACAGAGUAUUUAUGUGAUUUCGUGGAAACAAGUUGUGCUUUGAAAUUAUCUACCCAUGUCAGUACAAUUAGGAGGGGCCACUAUGGCCUUUUAGACAUUAGUGUGAAACUGGAAAUCUUCCGAGAACUGGUUGCUCAAGUCCUUGAGACAGACAUUGUUCGGGAGAAGUUGGAUGAGCAUAUUGAAGAGCGUCAUGCACUUGCUUCAACAAGGAGAGAUGAAGCACUAGAGGAAGGUAAAAAGAGGAGAGAUGAAAAAGGAAGCAGGAAAGCAGAGACUGAUGUCAAGGAAGUUGUAGUAGAGCAUAGACUGCAAUCUGCUGCUAGUAAUUACAAUGGACUGAAUGGAGUUGUUUCAGAGAAAUCAAAUGGGAUCUCUCAACAGAAUCACUCAUCUGGGGAAAGUGAGACUGAACGAGGCAUUUUCCCUGAUAAGAAUGCUAAGAAACAGAAGGAUGCAAAUACCUUGAUAGUAGAUUCUAGCAAUCCAUCUAGAAAGGCCCUGAAACUGAUGAAAGUCAACAUCAAGGAAGCGAUAGAGAUGAAAAAUAUUGCGCAAAGGAAAGAAUACCUUGAACGGGAGAUGGAGAAGAGAAUUGUACGCACCAGUCCACUGGGGAAAGACAGAAAUCGUAACAGGUAUUGGUUUUUCCGACGUGAAGGAAAAAUAUUUGUUGAGAGUACAAACUCCACGCAGUGGGGCUAUCAUGAGACUAAGGACGAGCUUGAUGCUUUGAUUGGCUCGUUGAAUCCAAAGGGUGAGAGGGAAAGGGCUCUUAAAAAGCAGCUGGAGAAAAACUACAACAAAAUAAACUUGGAACUUCAGAAAAGAUCAAAGGAGGCUGCUCAUAGGAUUGCAAUGGAAGAAGAGGCUGUGCUUAGGAGGUCGACUCGCGUUCGCGCCCCACCUAGGGAAAAUCCCGCAUUUGCCUUCCUUAAAUAUGUAAACAAGUGGAAAGAACUCUAAUUGUCAUCUUCUUUUCCCAGCUAGAUUAUAUAGGCAGUGUAGUACAGAUGCAGCUAUUUACUGGAUGAAGAGGAAGAGUGGGUUAGUGAUUCGUUUCUUUAAAGUUGAGGUGGGUUCACGAGUCGUGAAUUCUUUUUAUCCUGAUGAAGAGAUGAAAGAUGUUAUAGGUACAUCAAUUAUUCACAGCACACAUACAUGUAAGUGGGUGGGGUCCACAAUUAAGAUAAUCGUGGACCUCACCUUUGUGAGACAGCUAUAAAAAAAGCUAUCAAACAAAUGCUGUAUAAACAGCAAUUUUCUUUUUGAUGUGACUGAAUUUUUGGAUGCAAAAGGUCAUCAUUGCAUGGGAUUUUUCACAUAUUCAAGCCCAUCUGAUGGCACAAUAUGCAAUACUCCUGAUCCAUGUAAAUGGCAUUCAUUAGUGACUUCAAUUUUUAAUCGAGAUAGUUUAUGAGUUUGUUA